AUGCGCCCACGGACCAAUUCCAUCGGAACUCUGGCCGUCGUCGUUGUCCUUAUCAUCGGCGUAUUCCGGGAAAGUUCCGUCUCUACAACGUACGCCUUUCCAAUAACGCCGUCUACACAGCAUCGUGUAUCCCACCGCGAACGAGUUCCCGUACUGAAGGGAUACAGUCGUUCGUCUCCACGCACGUCCAAAAACACGGAACGAUCCAAGCGUCAGGAGCGGGUGGGUCAUUUGGUGCGUACGGAAAUUUCCAAUAUUCUGCACGGCGGUGUCAUUAAAGGGCAAGAUGCCGAGUAUUUGGACGCCGAGCUCCGGCAGCGGAUCAGUGUCGUAUCGGCUGACAUUUCACCCGAUUUGCGGCAGGCUCGCAUUUCCGUCAGCGUACGGGCUCCGCCGCGCAACGACCAGGCCGAAUACAAUCCGGCCGUCGAUAAACGGAGAGCGUACGCCUGGCUAGUACGGAAUACCAAGCCCAUUCGACACACACUAGCGCAACGGAUGAGUCACAUGAAGAGCUGUCCGAAUUUAUCGUUCGUCCAAGUGGAUGUGGCCGCCGCCGUGGACGUCAUGUAUCUGAUCGACAAGGUCUCUCAAGGAUACAAACGCGAUAAAGUGGAUCUGUUUAAUGGGGAGAAUGUACCCACUGGAGUCAUGGAUGGAAUUGAUUUUGAUGAGGAGUUCGAUGAAGAAGACUGGGACGAAGACGACGAGGACUUUUUGUGA